AUGGCAGCGCCAAAGGGGAGCCUCUGGGUCAGGGCCCAAUUGGGGUUCCCGCCACUGCUGCUGCUGACCAUGGCCCUGGCGGGAGGCUCGAGGACCACUUGGGCUGAACUGUUUGACUCGGCCUUGGGUGAUAUGGCAUCUUAUCACUGGGCCUGUCAGUUGACCUUCCUCUUACAUACCUACCCCAAGGAAGAGGAACAAGAACAGCUCAUGCUCCUAAUGCCAAAAAUGCAUCUAUUCUUCCCUCUAACUCUGGUAAGGUCCUUCUGGAGUGACAUGAUGGACUCUGAACAGAGCUUCAUAACCUCUCCAUGGACGUUUUAUCUUCAAGCUGAUGAUGGAAAAAUAGUUAUAUUCCAGUCUAAGCCAGAAACCCAGUAUGCAUCACAGUUGGAGCAGGAGCCAACAAAUUUGAAAGAAUUGUGCCUACACAAAAUGUCCUAUCUGCAAACGAGAAGUUCACAAACACAUAGGAAGUGUCUUGAAGAUGGAGAAAGUGAUGGCUUUUUAAGAUGUUUCCCUCUUAACUCUGGGUGGAUUUUAACCACAACUCCUGUCCUCUCGGUGAUGGUAUUGCUCUGGACUUGUUGUGCAACUGUUGCUACAGCUGUGGAGCAGUAUGUUCCCUCUGAGGAGCUGAGUAUCUAUGGUGACUUGGAAUUUGUGAACGCACAAAAGCUAAACAGAUAUCCAGCUUCUUCUCUUGUGGUUGUUAGAUGGAAAGCUGGACUAUGA